GCAAACUGACCCGACCACAGAUCAAAAUCCCCCCGAUUAUUUUAGCUCCAGAUCACAUACAUACACCGAUGAAUAAAUAGCGCUCCGUGUCGAGGGACGUAAAAGGGUCAGGAUCGUUUCUUCCCUGCGCUUCGCUUCGAUCCCCAGUUCCCACUUCCCCGGUUAAUCCCCACGUCUCACCUCCUCCCGCGAACGCGGCAUUUCCGCGAGCAGCCUCCGCGCGCGGCCAUGGGAUCGCUCCCCGUGCUGUCCUCGCCGGAAUGCGCCCCGCCGCAGGGGCCGCGGGCGAAGGUGGCGGCGUCGGACCUGGCGCCGCUGUUCGACGCGCAGCGGCGGCACCUGGGUCACUUCUUCGAGAACCUCGACAUGUCGCAGGCGGCGGCGUUCGCGCAGGCGCUGCUGGACGCGCCGGGUGCCGUCUUCUUCACGGGCGUGGGCAAGUCCGGCAUCGUGGCGCGGAAGCUGGCGCAGACGCUCGCGUCCCUAGGGUUCGGCCGCGCCGGGUUCCUGGCCCCCGUCGACGCGCUCCACGGCGACAUCGGCUCCGUCUUCCCCGGGGACGUCCUCGUGCUGCUCUCCAAGUCGGGAGCCUCCGACGAGCUGCUCGCGCUCGCGCCCUGCGCGCGCGCCAAGGGCGCGCACCUCAUCUCCCUCACCUCCGCCGCAUCCGGCGCCGACUGCCCGCUCGCCGCCGCCUGCGACCUCAACGUGCACCUCCCGCUGCAGGGGGAGGUCUGCCCCUUCGGCCUCGCCCCCGUCACCUCCACCGCCAUACAGAUGGUCUUCGGAGACACCGUCGUCGCCGCCAUCAUGGAGGCGCGCCGCCUCACCAGGGACCAGUACGCGUCAAACCACCCCGCCGGCAAGAUCGGCAAGACCCUCAUCUUCAAGGUUAAGGAUGUUAUGAAGAAACAAAAUGAGCUUCCAUUGUGCAAGGAGAGUGAUAUGAUAAUGGAUCAACUUACUGAGCUCACUAGUAAAGGUUGUGGCUGUCUUCUUGUGGUUGAUGAUGAGUACCAUUUGAUUGGAACUUUCACUGAUGGUGACCUCCGGCGUACACUCAAGGCAAGCGGGCCAGCUAUUUUCAAUCUCACAGUUGGAGAGAUGUGCAACAGGAACCCGAGGACAAUCACUGCAGAUGCAAUGGCGGUCGAAGCCAUGGAGAAGAUGGAGUCGCCCCCUUCACCUGUGCAAUUCUUGCCCGUUGUCGACGAGAAAAAUAUCGUGUCUGGGAUCAUCACAUUGCAUGGGUUGGUCUCUGCUGGAUUAUAAUCAAACCUUCAUAUGUCUGGAGUCAUAAAAUCGCAUGGGUUCUUUGUUAUUCUUUGUACCUGCUCACUGGUAAGACAUCACACAGGAUAAAUUCUUCUUGCGAGUUGGAUCUGAUGAUGGCACUUUGUCAUUGUAGUAGCAUCUGUAGUCUAGACAACUGAAAGUGUAUGUGGAGACACUACCGAGUGCAGAGUGUUCUGUUAAUGAAUAAGCUGCACCUUGCUCGUUGCUUGUUUAAGUGAGCUUUAAGUGGAAUAAAAUCUUACAUUUUUGUGUGUA